GAGUCGGCCGGAGUAGCCCGCGAGCCUGGACAUGAGGACAGCUCCAGACCCAGGAAGUCAUGAGCCACCAGCUGAGUCUGGAUACGCCCGAGUAAAUAACUUAAGCUCAUUGCUAGACGAUGCGGCCGGCAGUGGGAUGCUCACCGGAGUGAACGCAAAUACCGCUAUUUCUUCGCGAUGACCAUAUCAAGCCAGGAUAAUGCUAUCACUCAGCUGUUCCCGCAUGGAUGCUGGGAUGCUCAUCACCACAUCUUCGAUCCCGUACAAUUUGCUUACGCCGCCGAUCGCCACUUGACGCCUCCACCUGCAACCAUCGAACAAUUCAUCAAUUUCAAGAAGAGUUUGGGUAUUACCAAUUCGGUGUUAACACAUGGCCUAUCGUACGGAGCCAACGUAGAAUCCUUGAAAAGCUUCGUCAAGCUGCUAGGGCAAUCCUCCACGAAGGGGAUUGGAGUCAUUGACCCUGAGACGGUUACACGGGAAGAACUGCAAGAGAUGCAUAAUGCCGGCAUCCGAGGCAUCCGAGUCAACGUCUAUAAGUACAAGGCUAUGCACGAUGCUGAGCUUCAGAAGGUUGCACUUCGGGAACACGCCCGCAUGAUUGGGAAGCACUGUCCCGGUUGGACCAUGGCGUUCACACAAACCCAUCCGGAGUUCUGGAAGGAGUUAAGACCAGUGAUUGAACAGGAGAUCACUCCUGCUGGAAUUCGCCUGAUUACAGAUCACUUUACGUUACUAAAAGGUCCAAGUAUGCUUCCACCCGAAUGCGAGGGAGAUGUGACCCGCCAAGUGGGAUUUGAAGACAUCAUGGACCUGGUUCGCAAGGGGCAUUUGUAUGUCAAACUCAGUGCGCCGUACCGCGUGAGCAAUGAAGCACCUUUCUAUGACGACCUUAAACCAUUGGUCCGAGCUUAUAUCGAUGCGAAUCCGAAACGAGUCCUCUGGGGGAGUGACUGGCCUCACACGCCACGUAUGAAGGUCCGGACGUAUGACGAGGCGAUGAAAGAGACCCCUUUCCUGGAGGUGGACGACCACGCAUGGCUGAAAAGUCUACGGUCGUGGUUGUCAGAGGAUGAAUGGCAUACUCUUAUGGUAGAGACACCAAAGGCGCUUUAUGAUUGGUAGACGAGGCCCAAAGUAUGGAUUGGAGCUUUGAUUUCAAUUUUAAUUCUGAUCUUUUGCAUCCUCAUUUCCCCCUCUCAAUGUGGAGAAUCGUAGAUGCUACUCGUAGC